AACAGAUGAAAAUUUCAAGAUGACGGCUGGACACUCCUGACUGCAGCUUGCUUUCAAAGUUAUAGAUUCAUUUUGUCGCCCUAAAGAGGAUACAUCUGAACAUCAGCAUCUUGCGUCAAAGAUCCUCAAGAUAGUUCACAAAUAUGUUAUGUUAUAAAAGUAUGUUGAAGAGCCCUCUGUAGUUAGUUACUUUCUCUAUUUGAACAAAGCUGACGCUGUCACACAGUGCUAUUUUGGGCAUAUCCUUAUUUUCUUUGCGUUACCGCCUAUGGCAAAAUUUUCAUUCGGUGACAAACGGCAAAUUAAAUGAAGGUUAGUCGCUCUAUGCAAGACAUUGGAAUUGCGUUUGCUAACGUUACAUCUGGUCGGUUGAUCAAGUAUUGCAAAACGAACAACAACAAAUAUUACGUUUGGCACGCAGCUUAAAAUUUGUUUGCUCAUGAGUGGCAGGUCUCUAUGUUGCUGCAUGUUUUGUAAGUAAAUUGAACUACUGCUCAUCAGAUGACAGCAAAACCUGAAUAUUUAUCAAAUGGCGCUUGUUCAAGUUAUGCAAAACGCGGUUCAUUUGUCAGUGUCUCAUUGAAAAUUUCUUGUUGGAACUAACUGAAUUUUUGAAUGAAGACAGUUUAUUUUAGUCAUUUGCUUGAGACAAAAUGCAUUAUUACUAUAUUCCUAAUGUCUUAUUACCAACAUUCAAAAUAAUUUUUUGAUCUUACAAAUGCUGCCAACUGCCACGUAUGAGCUAUGGUUUUGAGAUUUAUUAAAUGGUUCGUCAACCUCGGAUUUCAUCGAUAUCUGUCGGGGGAAUGGGGAGCAUUAAGGAAAGCAUGAAAAAGAGGCUAUAGUGAAGCGAUACUUAACGUUGCUGACUGAUCCACGCGCUUAUUAUGGUCAACAAAAAAUGACGUUUUGUUUAUAAUAUAACUUGUGCAAACAUAUUUGAAGAAUCGCCCAAAUAAUAUUCUAGUGGUUCUUGUUCGAUACAUGAACCCUGCGUAUGCGUGUACAUAUGCGAAAUACAAAGUUUUGGUUUUCCACUACACGACGUGUACAUCUUGAGAAAAUAAGCGGAUUUUCUUAGUAGCAUAGACACCAAUGUCUUAAGAGAACCGAGAUAUUGGGCUCCGUAAACUCAAUCGUACCUGACCCAAACCGAAGCCGAUCCUGUCCUAUCCCUCGAUCACGUUCACGGCGCCACCGCCAGCGUGCAGUUAUAAGACGUAGGACUACGAUGUAAAUACGGCUUUUACGACAGAGCCGUACCUGGAAUUUCAGUUCAACUGAACAAGUUUUUUAACAACCCGCAACCAUGUCCGACGAAGAGGAAGUUUACUCUGAAGAAGAGGAGGAGGAAGAGGUCGUUGAGACGACAACCGUUGCUACCCCAAAACCCGAGGAGGGACAGGGCGAUCCAGAAUUUAUCAAACGUCAAGAUCAGAAGAGAUCAGACUUGGAUGAACAGCUCCGUGAAUACAUUGCGGAAUGGAGGAAGCAAAGGGCAAAAGAAGAAGACGAGCUGAAAAAACUUAAGGAAAAACAGGCCAAGCGCAAAAUCGCUCGGGCAGAUGAAGAGCGCAAAAUGGCCGAAAGGAAGAAGGCCGAGGAAGAGAGGCGUGUGCGCGAGAUUGAGGAGAAGAAACAGCGCGAUAUAGAGGAGAAGAGGCAACGCCUGGAGGAGGCUGAGAAGAAGAGGCAGGCCAUGAUGCAGGCGCUGAAGGACCAGAACAAGAACAAGGGGCCCAACUUCACCAUCACCAAACGGGACGCUGGAUCGAAUAUAUCCGCCGCUCAAAUGGAACGCAACAAGACCAAGGAGCAGCUUGAAGAAGAAAAGAAAAUCUCCCUGUCUAUCCGUAUCAAGCCUCUGCAAGUGGACGGACUCGGUUUAGAGGCACUGCGCAAUAAAGCGCACGAGCUCUGGGAGUGCAUCGUCAAGCUGGAGACUGAAAAGUACGAUUUGGAAGAAAGGCAGAAGCGUCAAGACUACGAUCUUAAAGAACUGAAAGAAAGACAGAAGCAGCAACUUAGACAUAAAGCCUUGAAAAAGGGUUUGGACCCUGAAGCCCUCACAGGCAAAUACCCUCCUAAAAUCCAAGUAGCCUCAAAAUAUGAACGACGUGUAGACACAAGGUCGUAUGGAGACAAAAAGAAACUGUUUGAAGGCGGUCUUGAGGAUAUCAUGAAAGAACUGAACGAGAAGUCGUGGAAAGAAAAAUACGGACAAUUUGACUCCAGACAAAAGGCCAAGCUCCCCAAAUGGUUCGGAGAAAGGCCAGGCAAGAAACCUGGAGACCCCGAGACCCCUGAAGGCGAAGAGGAAGGCAAACAAGCUGCCGACGAGGAUGAAGAGAUCAAGGAACCUGUCAUCGAACCUGAGCCAGAAGAUGAGGAGGAAGAAGAGGAGGUUGAGGUCGAUGAAGAGGAGGAAGAGGAGGAUGACGAAGAAGAAGAAGAGGAAUAAAGGUCUUGACGUCAGCUAUCAGAAUACUAUCAAACAAACAUCUCCAGAAGUACAGAACACCAAUCAUUUCUAUUAUAUUUUUACAUUAUUCUAUCUGUUUCCAAUCACAAUAAAUGUUAUCUAAUUUAUAAUAGAAUAAAGUUGUAUUUAUAAUCAUAACAUCAUUAUGUGGUGUUUCAUUUAUAUUAUUUUUUGUUAGUUUUAAGGUUAUAAUAAAUUAUAAGACGUAUAUCCAUUCACGUCUUUUAUUAAUAGAUGUGCAGCUUGAAAACUGAAAUAACCUGUUUGAGUGAAAUAUCAGGCA